AUGGUGUCUAUUCGGAAUGCUACGGCGAAUGACCUGUUGCAAGUGCAAAAUUCAAACCUCUGGUGUCUUCCAGAGAACUACCAAAUGAAGUAUUACUAUUACCACAUCAUGACAUGGCCUCAGCUUCUCUACGUUGCCGAGGAACGCAGUGGAAAGAUCGUCGGCUACGUACUAGCCAAAAUGGAGGAAGAGGCGUCUGUGCCUCACGGCCACAUCACUUCUCUGGCGGUACUGCGCACGCACCGCAAGUGCGGUCUGGCCACUAAGCUUAUGCUGGCUGCCCAGCGCGCUAUGGUGGAGUGUUUUAAGGCUGAGUACGUGUCGCUUCAUGUUCGUGAGGGCAACGUGGCAGCCAUUCAUUUGUACCGAAAGACUCUGAAGUACCAGGUGUACGAUAUCGAGAAGGGCUACUACGCCGACGGAGAAAAUGCCUACGAUAUGCGCAUGCCGUUUACCGAAAAGUGUAGCCAAGCAUUUGCUUCUCAGGUGAACCGCUUUAAAAAGUUGCUAGAGGAGAAAGACGCGGAAAAAGCUAAUAAAGAGGCUACUCCAUAA